CACCUCCAAGCUACAGGUCCACUCAGUCUCAUCCAAACCUCUGUUCUGGAGGUGGGCUCAUCUGCUCCAGCCCCCUGCCUCCAGGUAGUGCUGUAUUAUAAGCCAUUCCAGAAGCCUGAUUAAUGAAAAGCUCCAAGGGCUAAGUCUAGAAUCCCUCCUCCCUUCCCCCCCCCCACGCAGGCUCCCACAGGACUUCAGCUCAAACUUCGCUUCCCCUACCAACAGGCCCUGAAACUGACAGGUUUUCUUGGACCACAAACAUCCCCAAGAUGAAAACAGAACCCCACAUUUGGAAGCAAAAGCAGCUACAAAUGUGGGUAGAGGCCCCUCUCCCACUUGCACCCCAAAGCCCAAGCGUGGCUUUGCCACUGUGCAGAGCUGAAGUCUCCCUGAGAGCUGACCUCAACCCUUCCAGCUGCUGUCUGGCCCUUAUCUGGCCUCUUCUCUCCCCUUUGACCCUCUUGAGGCCAGCAAAGGAACUUUAAGACCAGGGGAAGGAGUACACAAGUAGGAAGAAACACCCCCCCACACCUCAGGACUUUGUCCUCCUCUUCUCUCCCUUCUCCUAGUCCCCUCCCACGCCUGGUCUGAGCUCAGUAGAAGUAAAACCUUCCUAAGCAUUAAGAACUGUGUCAAAGUGGAACAGGCCCCUCUGGAGGCAAUAAGUUCCUCAUCACUGGAUGUCUACAAAGGCGGGGGGAGCCCAGAUGAUCCACCACUGGUCAGGGACAUGGUAAAGGAGGUUCCCACUCAAGAAAAGGUUGGACUCUGGCCUCUGAGAUCCCUCCAGCUUGGAGAUUCUGGGACUCCGCCUCUCGCCCCUUGCCCAGGGCUCAGGAUUGAGCCCAGGGCGACCCUCGAAGAGCUAAGGAUAGGGGGCUCCCAGAGCCACCAUGACCUUUGCCAGCCUGCUGGAGCAGCUCGGGGGACUGGGGCACUUCCAGCGGCUACACAUCAUCGCACUGGUGGCUCCCAUACUCCUGACGGCCUCCCACAACCUCCUGCAGAACUUCUCAGCAGCAGUGCCCCCGCACCACUGCCGGCUCCAGCCAAUGCCCCUCGGUGCCAACCUCACCUCUGAGACUCUCCUCCAGCUGUGGGUUCCCAUGGAUGGAGGCCACCAGCCUGAGAGGUGCCAGCAAUUCUCCCAGCCCCACUGGCAAAGCCUAGAGCCCAAUGAUACCACUCACAACAGGAGCACCCCGGACACUGAGCCAUGCCGAGAUGGAUGGACCUAUGACCACAGCGAGUUCGAGGCCACCAUUGUGACAGAGUGGGACCUGGUUUGCGACUCCUGGAAACUGACCCAGAUGGCACAAUCCAUUUACAUGGCAGGGGUACUUGUGGGAGCCAUGGUGUUUGGGAGCUUGGCAGACAGGUUUGGUCGGAAGGCCCUACUGAGCUGGUCCUACCUGCAGCUGGGGGUGGCAGGGACUGCCACUGCUUUCUCCCCCAAUUACUCUACCUACUGUGCCCUUCGCUUUCUGGUUGGGAUGGCCGUCUCUGGGAUCAUCCUCAACUGCAUGUCUCUGGUUCUAGAGUGGUCCCCGACGCGGACGCGCACAAUCACAGGGACCCUGGUUAGCUACUCUGCCACCCUCGGGCAGAUCCUCCUCCCAGGCCUUGCAUAUGCCCUCCCCAACUGGCGUUGGCUCCAGCUCACAAUCUCUCUGCCUUUCUUUGCCUUCUUCUGCUACUCCUGGUGGUUUGCAGAGUCAGCACGAUGGCUGGCCCUGGCUGGAAGACCAGAGCAGGCUGUCCAGGUGCUGAAGAGGGUGGCUCGCAUCAAUGGGAAGAAAACAGAAGGAGAGACACUCAGCAUAGAGGCUCUGAGGUCCCAUCUUCGGAAAGAAUUGGAUCAGGCUCAGACCCCAGGAACCCCUUGGGACCUGAUCCACACACCCACCAUUCGGCGCAUCUCCAAGUGCCUGGCUGCUGUCUGGUUUGCUACCAGUUUCGCUUACUAUGGAGUGGCCAUGGACCUGCAGGGCUUCGGACUCCGGGUACACAUGCUGCAGCUGCUGUUUGGCAUCGUGGAUAUUCCAGCCAAACUGCUUUCCACCCUGGGCAUGAGCCGAGCUGGGCGCAGGGUAGCCCAAGUGGCUACCCUGGUCCUAGCUGGACUGGGCAUCCUGGCCAACCUCUUUGUGCCUGCAGAACUAGCUGCCCUGCGGACAACACUGGCUGUGUUAGGGAAAGGCUGCCUGGCUGCCUCCUUCAACUGCAUCUACCUCUACACGGGGGAGCUGUACCCCACGGCCAUCAGAACUGGACACCCCCCCAGGCAGACUGGCCUGGGGGUGGGAAGCACCAUGGCCCGAGUGGGGGGCAUUGUGGCCCCACUUGUAAAGCUGAUGGGGAAACAGAUGCCUCUGAUGCCCCCCAUCAUUUAUGGCUCCAUCCCAGUGCUCUCUGGCUUUGUGGCCCUUGGGCUUCCCGAAACCCGAAACCGACCAUUGAAGGACACCGUGGAAGAGGUAGAGAACAGGCUUGCCCAGCAGCAGGACACAGAUCCUUAGGAGAAAGCAGCCCUACAGGUGGUGGCCAGGGACACGAGCAGAAACACCAAGUGACCAGAGGAUGUCUCCUAGGCCAAGGCCA